AUGGAUGACAUAAUCCUGAAUCAGACCGGUGAUAUGGCAGCUAUGUUGCUUUGUUUCCCUCACCUGCAAGACUCGUGUCCUCGAUUUGUCAGACUGACUAUUGUACGGGUGGUCAUGUACGCCUUCAUGGUGAUCACCAUUCUGAUGACUGUGUGUGGAAACCUUCUGGUCAUUAUCUCUAUAACCCAUUUCAAGCAACUGCACAGUCCUACCAAUUUCAUUCUCCGUUCCUUGGCUGUGGUCGAUUGUUGUUUAGGCUGCUUUGUUAUGCCUUUCAGUAUGGUCAGAUCUGUUGAAGGGUGCUGGUACAUGGGAGAAAAUUUCUGUAAAGUCCAUUCCAGUUUAGACAUGAUGCUCUGCACUACAUCUAUACUGCACCUGUGUUUGGUAUCAAUUGACAGGUACUAUGCCAUUUGUGACCCUUUGCAAUACAGUACAAAAGUUACAGUGUUUAAAGUGAUUAGUGGCACUAUUAUCAUCUGGUUGUUUUCAUUUUUGUUCUGUUUUGGUGUUGUGUUCUCUGGAGUAAAUAUGGUAGGUUUAGAGACAUUCAUCUUAAUGACCUACUGUGAGGGGAGCUGUGCCUUGUUUUUUAACAAAGAGUGGGGGAUCAUUGCACCCACCGUAUCAUUUUACAUUCCAGCAGCUGUGAUGACCUGUCUGUACAUAAAGAUCUUUCAUGUUGCCAGGAAACAUGCCAAGGUCAUGUCUGAUAGGCUGGCAACAGUGACUUGUUCUGAGCUGAAGAACCAAGCAUCAGAGCAGAGAGAGAGGAAGGCUGCUAAAACACUGGCCAUCGUAAUGGGAGUGUUUCUGCUCUGCUGGCUGCCGUAUUUCAUUUCUGCUCUUAUAGAUCCUUUUGUUAACUUCCAAACACCUGUUGUUAUUUUUGAUGCCCUUGUCUGGUUUGCUUACUUUAAUUCCACAUGUAACCCUGUCAUCUAUGCUUUCUUCUAUCCACAUUUUCGAAAGGCAUUUAAAAUUAUUAUAGCAAAGAUUUCUGGAAUGAGGACAAACACACAUAUCCUAGUGGUUGAAUAA